UAAAAAAACAGAAGAAAAAGAAAAGUUGCUUUAGCUGUUGUCGUUUGAAUCAAGAUCCAGAAAUAUGGCCGAGGCGGUUGUUUCAUUUGUGCUAGAACUGCUCAAAGACUCUGUCAUUCCGGAAUUGAAAUUCUUGGGUGGAGUGAGCGAUCAGGUGAAGCUUGCACAAACCCAGCUACAAUUGAUGCAAUGCUUCCUCAAAGAUGCAGAUUCAAGACAAGGAGAAAGUGAAGCAAUACGCAUUUGGGCGGCAAAUAUUAGAGAUGUUGCUUAUGAUCUGGACGACGCCAUCGAAACGUUUGUCUUAAAAGUGGCUUCCAAGAGGAAUGCAAGUCUUUUGAAAAGGUUUACUGGCAUCUUCAUAAAAAGAGUUCAUCUUCAUCAGAUUGGCUCAGACAUUGUGAAAAUUACAACCAGAAUUUCACAGUUGAAUUCGAGUUUGCAAAGUUAUAACCUACACCAAACAAGGGAGAGUAGAGGUGAUACUUUUUUUCAAAGGCAACAGGAACGGAGGAUAGCUUAUCCUCAUAUUAUCGAACCUCAUGUUUGGUGGUGCUUGAUGACAUUUGGACCCGUGAUGCGUGGAGGUCGUUGGAAGCUGGAUUUCCAAUGAAUGAGGAAACUGAGAGUCGAAUUUUACUCACUACUCGCAACAAAGAAGUCGCUUCGUAUGCGGACAAAAAUGGUUUCCUCUUUGAACCACAACCGUUGAAUGAUGAUGAAAGUUGGAAACUGUUUGAGAAGAUAGCAUUAUAGAAAUUGUAUGAUUCCAUUU